GCGGAUUCACUCCCAUUCGAUCCCCUUCUAGGGUUUCAACUCGCUUAUUCGAGAAGAUUCACCAUUUGAAACCCCAAAUUACAAUCCGAUUCAAUCAUGCGUGCGGCUUAUGACUUCUCCUUCAAUCGGGCCAGAUCCGGCACACUUUCCUUCUACGCUCGGCGUCGUCCAUGGAGAGAACUAUUGGCCCACCCGUCUUCAUAUACCCGGCCCAUUUCCCUCGCCGAUUUCACAUCUCGUGUCAAGCGAAACCUCGGUUACUUUCGGGUCAACUACGCCAUCAUUGUGCUACUCAUACUCUUCUUAAGCCUCUUAUGGCAUCCAAUUUCAAUGAUCGUCUUCUUAGUCGUGUUCGUUGCUUGGUUUUUCCUCUACUUCCAUCGCGACGAACCGUUGAUGAUUUUUAACCGUAUGGUUGAUGAUAGGAUCGUUCUGGUUGUUCUAAGCGUUAUUACAGUGGUGAGUUUGGUGCUGACACGUGUCUGGUUGAAUGUGUUGGUCUCGAUCGUGGUGGGAAUGGUGUUAGUAUUUUUGCAUUGUUCGUUUAGAAUUACGGAGGAUUUGUUUCUAGAAGAGGAUGAUGCUGCUGAUGGUGGAUUGCUUUCUUUUGUUGGUAGCUCGUCAUGAUAUGAAGAAGCUAACACGGAGCAAAAUGUUAUUGCAGUCAAUGGCCUCUUGUUGAAGCAAUUAAUUCAACAAUUUGAAUAAAAUGUUCAUUAUAUGCAAUAUAUACAAGGUCGAAUUAGAAUGCAAUGAGGUUUAUGGCAUUAAGAGUGUAAUUUUUCUGGGUUUAUUGUAUGGUCGUGAAUGGCUGUUGUUUACAUUUUUUCCGGCAAUUGAAUUGAGAAUUGAGACACGGAUUAUUUGGAGUAUGUCUAGUUUUGUGCUGUCAUUGUAUAUAAAGAGUACUCAAUUUAAGCAAUGGUACUCGAGUUAGUGAUCAAAUGCUGCAUGGAAUUUCUAUGAUUUGUGA